GGCCCUUGCAACCUUAAUAUUUAUACAGUUUUACAAAAAUUGAGGAAAAGCGCGGGAGUGACGUGGAAAUUGCAAUGACAGUGGUCUAAAUAUAUCCGGCGCGGCGUCGCGCGUAGAGCUGGCAGCGCGCCUCAGUCGAGAUCAGACCGCCGCGAGUCACACACGAACGAUACCGAAACAGCAACAAUGGUUUACGAGAGUGACUUUUACACUACCCGCCGCCCUUACAGGCCGACGUCCACCUACAGCAGCCUCACGGCGGAGUUAAUAUAUCGUCCAACGGCUCGCAGCGUGACUCGACUCGUCACUUACCCCGAGGCGCCGCACCACGUGGUCAGGGUGCGCGUGCGCCCCUCGGUGGUGCUUCGCGAACUAGACCGCAUCAACUACCGUUAUCGCCCGCACGUCGCUGUCACCGCCCUCGAUGAAUUCUACAAUGCAGAGACUACUAAGUAUUUCGAAGACGAAAAACGCCGCAUCCGUGCCGAUACCGCGUCGCUUCUGGCCCGCGCCCGGUCCGUGGUGCCGCGUGCUAAGUCUCUCGCGCCCCUGGAGACAUUAUACUCAUAUUCCUAUGGCGAUACUGUUCCAUACCGUUACAGCAGUGACGCUUAUGUGGCUAGUCUCCCACUGUCUCUACGCAGCGUCGUCCACCACAUCAAUAACCUCGCUUACUACAAGUACCCGCCGAGGUUCACAGGACGCGGCCGCCUCGCGUGUCUGCACUACUCCGGAAAUAAAGCUUUCUCCAACCGCCAACCUCUCUACAAGGAGAUGAGCAUCAGGGACGACGUCAAUCUGCUGUCGUUCUAUGCGAAAAACAGGCUCGCCGCCGCCGGCCUAGCCGGCAACGCGGUCACAGUAACACUGGACCCGUGGAGGCCGAGCCGCAAGUUCCAGGCUCCUAAGACGAUGGACGACCCCUCCGAGGAGCUGAAGGCAGCCAAGGCUGAGAGGGAAGCGAGGUUCCGGGCCACUACAGCGGAGCCUGUGCUGACGCCGGCGACGGACCUGGCGGAGAUCAAGAGAAAGAGGCAGGAGGAAGCACGCGCUGCUGAGGAGAAAGCUUUAAAGGAGGAAGCAAAACGUGAGGCAGAACGCAAGGCACAGGCUGAACGUGAAGCGGCAGAGAAGAGGAGGGCCGAAGAAGAAGCACGCGAGGCCGAGGAAGCCAAGCGCAAGGCGGAUGAAGAGGCUCGCAAGGCCGAGGAGGAAGCCAGAAUAGCCGAAGAGGCACGUAUAGCGGAAGAAGCAGAGAAGGCUGAGGAAGCCAGAUUAGCCGAAGAAGCCAGAAUAGCCGAAGAGGCGCGUUUGGCUGAAGAGGCGAAAAAGGCCGAAGAGGCUAGGUUAGCUGAAGAAGCACGCCUAGAAGAAGAAGCGCGUCUAGCAGAAGAAGCCAAGAAGGCUGAAGAAGCCCGUUUGGCCGAAGAAGCCCGUCUGGAAGAAGAGAGGCAAGCGGAGGCCAGGAGGCAGGAGGAACUCGCUCGCCUUGAAGAGCUGGAGAAACAAGCUCAGGAUGAGCGAGAGGCAGAACUCGCGAGACAGGCGGCUGAAUUAGCGGAGAUCGCGAGACAAGAAUCCGAACUGGCAGCCGCCCGUUUGGAGGAGCUCUCACACAGCGGCUCCGCGGCUGAAGUACCCGAAGUUGAGGCCGAAUCCCAAGAGGAUGAGCCUGUUGUAGAAGAGCCCGAAUCCCUCGCCGUGGAGGAGCCCGCGCCCGCGGACGAGCCCGCCGAAGCCAGCGAAGACGAAAAAGCAGAACUUGACGUCACGGACGAAGAAUAACCUAAACUUUCUACCAAUUGUUACCAUGAAGGGAUACAUAGGAAUCUCUGUGCAUUUACACAAUCUACUAAGAUUACGCUAAAUGUCAUUCAAUUGCCAAAUAGAUUUAAUGAUAUAAUAGCAUUAAUGUAAGCCCCCAACAUCAAAUGUUUUCUGCUCCGUAAUCAAAUUACGUAAUGUUGAAAACACACCAAUCCUAGCUACCUUCAUGUGUUUGUAAAACUACCACCGUUAACAUUUCUUAAAUUAUAUUGUUACAAAACAGUUAAUGUUAUAGGUUAAGUGUUCGAAAUUGUAUUUUUGUUAAAUUUUAACAAUAAAAGACAUUAACAGUUA